GCUGCAUGGGAAACCAGGAAGUGGGAUGCAGCCCUUCCCCAAAGAGUCCCCCUUUAUUAUGGCCCUAUGUAUUGAUCUGCUGGUGGCAAGUGAUUGAUCUGCAACAUAAAUGACUGAUUUUCUGUGUAUGAGGAGGAAAAGCAAUUUUUUAUCUUUGUGUUUGUGUUGUGACAACCUCAGCUUUUGUGUUUUGUUACAGGACAUUGACAUGUACAAGUAGGGGCUCUGCCUGAUGCCUCGUUGUGCUCCAUUCUGUGACUGUCGGGCAGCCAUUGGUGGAAGCCAGAGGAGAGCCUGACCAAUGAAAGAGACAAUAAGACAAAAGCAUUUUGGGAAGGAUGCCUUAAAGAAGCACCAGGAGCCUGUACAGUAUAGUGGCAACCACACACCACUGCUAGUUAUGACCUGUGUUAGCCUUGGCACUACAAGGGGUUGGUCGGGUGAGCAGUCGCAGAGCAUUGGUUUAUAUGAAUGUGAUCCUAGGUGAGCGGUUUAAGGAGAAAGAAGAGCAGAGGUGGUUGUUCUAGAGCCCAACCAUGUUGGAAGAGAUUGCCCAUAAGUGGUUCCCCACCCGAGUCCAAGUGACUGUGUUAGAGGCGCAGGAGCUGCACCCCAAGGGCAAGCAUGGUACAAACGACACGUAUACCAUCAUACAGUUGGGCAAGGAGAAAUACUCCACGUCAGUGGUGGAAAAGACCCUCAGCCCCACCUGGAAGGAAGAGGCAUCAUUUGAGCUGCCAGGCCUAGUCCUGGAGGAGAAUUCAGAGCAGUAUCAGCUGCAGCUGACAGUUAUGCACAGGUCUCUAGUUGGCCUUGAUAAGUUCCUGGGGCAAGUUUGCAUCAACCUGAACAAUAUGUUUGAGAAGAAGGAACAUCGCACAACAGAAUGGUACAAGCUGGAAUCCAAACAGGGGAAGAGGAAUAAGGAGAGAGGAGAACUAAAGGUCAACAUACAGUUCAUGAGGAAUAAUAUGACGGCCAGUAUGUUUGACUUGUCUGUAAAAGACAAAACUCGUUCUCCCUUUGCUCGUUUAAAGGACAAGAUGAAAGGAAGGAAACCAGACGGCUCUGACACUUCAUCUGCCAUUAUCCCCAGUACCAGCAACCUGCACUCAGGCCAAGAUUCUGCUGGCAAAGAGAUCCAAGUAAGGAACAAGCCAAAAAAGUCAUUUCUUUUGGGCCCACAGCGUCUGUCUUCUGCCCAUUCAAUGUCAGAUUUAAUUGGGUCUCAGUCUUCAAAGAUGAAUGCUGCGGGUCUUCCUGUUAAACAGCCCCUUGACUCCAUCAGUUCAACCGAUGAGAUUGGAAGCAUCAAGUCACCAAACAGGAGAACCAUGAGUGUUGACACUUCUAAAGCAGAAUCCAAUCCUACCGGAAGUGACUGGACUAUUGCAGGAAACACAGAGACAGACCCCAGUGUUAGUCCUACCCUCCCACAAAAGUUUGCCACCCUUCCCCGACAGUGGACCCCAUAUGUCGAUAAGAACAACUCCUGGGAAACCGGUGGUCAGGCUGCUCCGGGAAACAGUUCUGUCGGGCUCUUCUCCAAAUUUGGGGAAGGAAAGAAAGAGGUGAAGAAAAAGGACAAAAUUAGUCUCUUUGGAAGAGUAACUGGAAAAAAGGAAGGAAAAAGGCAAAGUCAAGAGAACUUGGACUGGGGCUCUGAUGUGAGGUCCCCAGACAGUGUGGCUCCACCAAAAGCCUCAGGCUUUGACUCCACAAACCCCUUUUUAACAAACUAUAGGAUGGGAAACCAGGCAACAGACCAACGUUCACACAUUACGUUCUCAUCUAGUGAAGCCCUCGGAACAGCACAAAUGGGGAGAAUGGGACGAGGAGCCGAACACCAUCAGCUCAGAUCACAGGAGAUGGGCCCUUUUGGCGGUGCGGGGCUUUACAGUCGCCUUACUCGCAACGAGGUGGAGCGGGAACUUUCCAAGCACAAGGAGCUUCUGAAGAGGAAGGACGGUCACAUUCGAGAACUUGAGAAUUACAUUGAUGACUUGUUGGUGCGGGUAAUGGAGGAGACACCCAGCAUCCUGCGUGUGCCUUACAUACCCUCCAAAAAAGCUGGAAAACUCGCCCGGAGAUAAUAAGUAUCUGCCUACAUCUCACUUUGUUACUUUUAACCCAGAAUGGUCUACCCUACAGCCAAGACCAAAAGGUCUCCUCUCUGUCUGUUUCUGAUUGGCCAGUCACCCAGUCCGAAACCUGCCUACAGAGACGGUGACUGGUCUCUAGGAGUUUUAAUAAUUAAAAGUGAAGUUAUGAUCUUAUGAUACUUUGGCAAAAUGAAGUCUAAGAUAAUGGUGCUUUAAAGACUAUUGACUACACCAGCAGACGUAACAUUUUGUGCCAUUUCUGUGUGUGUGUGAAUGAGAUGCACUUCCAUCUAAUUUAAAUAAUUUUAUUAAGAACAAAGUGUAUAGACGACUAUAAGAGUUUUCACAUAACAAUAUUACAUAUACCCCACCCCCACAAUAGUGAACUAUUCCCUGCGAUAGGGUGGCCAUAGACGCACAGA